GGUUAAGCUUCCGUGCUACGUCCGGUUAAUCUUUCUGGUUCGAUUUUGCCAAGCGAUUUUGCGAAGAGAGAGUGGGAUAUAGAUGGUUCGAGUGUGGGAGAAAUAAAUAUGUACAAAAAAACGGUGUGGUCUUUCGUUCCACCUUGAUUUCUCUAUCUAGUCGAAUCUUCGCGGAAGCCAUGCGGAAGGUACCCGCUGUUUAGAGCGAGAAGAACGGUAGGUCUUGCUCCUCAUCUGAGAAUCCAUGGUACUUAAGGAAGAUGAGCCUUUGGUCAUGUCAUAUGUGCAUUCCUGUCAUAGAUCAUCUCUGAAAUGUAGACAAAAAGGAUGACCUGUUUUCUAUUCCUUCCUCUAUGAAAAAUCAAUCUUAUACAGACGGAAGUGCAAAUCUUUCUUUCUGAGAUACAUUUACUCUCUCUCCGUUUAUCUCUCCUUUUCCCUUUUCCAGAGGUCCGCAUGACGAGCGCCUCUGAGCUCUUCUAUAUUAGAAGAUCUCGCAUAGGCCGAAAACCAGAGCUAGGGUUUGAAACUUCUUCUUCCUCCUCUCCUACUUACUCUAAUUCUUCUUCCCAUCAUCAUAGCCACCAUCAUAACCCUCAUCAUCGUCUUCACGAUCAUCGAUGUCAAGGGGAAUGUGAUCCAUUCAGGCGAUCUCACUUACCUGCAAGGCAUAUUUUCCAUGGUGUCUUGCAAAGAGAAAGGGAUUCACCACGACUAGAUCCAUCUAUUAGUCAUUCUUCUUCAAGCUCCCAUAGUGGCCUACAUUCUUCUGGCAGUAGAGGCAAUAGGUUUAGAUUUGUACGAAAUGAUCGAUUACCUGGAGCUGUUUUACAAGCGAGGGCUAGGCUAUUAGAGAGACUGAGAGGGGUGUCUCUUACUCGAAAUAGGCAUGAGAGUGCAGAUUACUAUCCUACAAUCAGUGAUGAAUUUCGGUUUGUUGAUGCUGGAGACUGGGAAACUGAAACAGACUCCGCAGAGGGGAUUGCGACUGUUUCGCUUUCUGAGGUGGGCACUGGAGUAGAGUCCCCCACUUCAUUGAAGCCUCCUGGACUUAGUCGAGAAGCCAUUUCGAAAUUGUCACGAGAAGUUUUUGGGGCCAAGAAAAGUGAGGAAGAGGGGAUUAGCUUGGUGCAUGAGUGCUGCAUUUGCCUCGAGAGAUUAAGGUUUGGAGAUGGGUUGGUGUGUUUGCCUUGUGGGCAUAGGUUCCAUGCCCUUUGCUUGGACCCAUGGCUCAGGACCUGUGGGGACUGCCCGUAUUGUCGUGCUAAUAUUAUUAUGGAUUCUUGACGGGGUGAAUGAGAGUAUGCUUUCAUGUAGGCUAAUGUUGAAUUUAGUUGAGGGUUUUCUAAGAUAUUUACGGAGUUUUGUUUGUGAUAAUUUGUUUAAAAUCUAUUUCGAAAUGUAAAUGAUGGAGCUACUGCUUGAUUUACUUUGAACAAAUGCUUGAAUACCGUGUUUUUGGAAUAUUACUACACUAAGAAUUGCUCUUUUUUCCUUA